AUGUCUGAUGUCGAGGGUCCGUCAUCUCCGCCUGUCAUCGAAGUAGCACAUUUGACGCCAAAUACUGAGGACCCGCCCGAGGCUCCCCCGCCGACACCAAUUGCGGAAGAGCUGCCGUCGCCAUUUUUCCCAGAAGAAACUAUGGUCGUCACGACGGAAGAUGGCAAACCCGUCGAGGCCAUCGUAAUUGAGCCGGCUGCCGAAGGCGUUGCGAUCGUUGAAGCCAUUCUCGAGCCCGAGCCCAAGCCCGAACCCGAGAAGGAGCCGGAGCCUGAGCCUCCUGUCGAAGAGAAGGGCGAGGAUGAUCCACCGCCUGAGCCCUCUCCCACGAAAGAAGAGCCGCCCUUCGAACCUCCGGUGGAGAAGAUAGCUGAGCCUGAACCGGAAUCCGGCAAAGAGGUUGAGAACGAGCCGGAGCCUGAAAAGGAGCCCGAAACAGAGCCGGAACCGGGGAAGGAACCAGAGCCUAAGGAGUCACCUCCUGUCGAAGAGAAGGUUGAGGAGGAAGUCCAGGCUGAACCGGAGCCGGAGCCGGAGCAUCCUGCUGAGGAGAAUCCGGAAGAACUACCAGCGACAGUCGAAAGCAAGACCGAAGAGGAACCUCAACCCGAUCCUGACCCAGAAGCGGAGCCUAGGCCUCCAGUCGAGGAAGAGCCACCCGCAGAAGAGCCGAAAGUAAAAGAGCCUGUCAUCUUGGAAGAGUCGAAGGCCGAAGAGCCGCCGCCAGCAGAAGAACCUCUAGCAGAAGUGAAGAAAGAGGAGCUGGCACCGGUGCCUGAGCCACCCAAGCGCAGGAAGAGAGAUGUUGUGCGGGCCAAAGCAGUCCCUAAAUUUCCUAUCAAGCUCAUUGCGGGCCCCGAGAUUGGAGCCGUCGCCAUCUUCCUGAUAAAGGAGAAGGCCAAAGGUGUCGAUAUCAGCCCGCAGCUGGAUGCGCUGAUGAAAGGUGGUUGA